CGAAAGAGAGAGAGAGAGAAGGGAGGUAGAGAGAGAGAGAGAGAGAGAGAGGGAGCGAUAGAGGUGAUCAGUAGCUGAAUGUCCUUGGCACUGCGCUGAGCUGAGAGAAGAGGAGAGGAGCCAAACAGAGGGAAGGAGGAGUGAGGAGCCGGGAGACUUCAUUUAACAAGGGAGGCCGCGCAGGGAUCCACCGGGAUAAAGAGGAGACGCAAUUGUGCCAGACAGCGUGGAAUUAGGGGAGACCUGGGAGGACAGAAAGGGAAGAACACAGAACACAGAAUCCGCUCACUGCAGCUGCUUCUCUCUCUUCAUCACCUCCAGAAAGCCCUCUCCCUCCCCUCUCUCACUCUCACACACCAGCACCACUUGUUUAUCUAUCCUCUGCUCACCCCUCUCUCUCUCUUUCUUUCUUUCUUUCUUUCUUUCUGUCAUUCUCUCUAUACUUCCAUCCAUUCCUCUUCUUAAAAUGGAGACCGGGAGCCCGCGCAAGAUUCAAUUCACUGUGCCACUCCUCGACUCUCACCUGGACCCGGAGGCAGCUGAACAGAUCAGGAGAAGAAGGCCGACCCCUGCCACUUUAGUGGCCUCCAGUGACCAAUCGUCACCAGAGAUUGACGAAGACCGUCUUCCCAACCAGCUGUACAAGCAAGCCUUGUUGAAUUCCCCCAGGCAGAGGAGGAAGGGGGCACGAGGGAAUCCUACCAUGAAAGAGCUUCAGUUCCUGGUGGAGCACCACCUGUAUCGGCAGCAGCAGGGGGCUGACGAGUGCUCCUCAGAGAGCUGUCUUUCGGACCGGCCCAGCCCUGAUGCCACGCCCGCCGGAGAGGAGCUGCCCGAGGACGAGGAGGCCUGGAGCACCGGGGACAACGCCACCAGCAAGGCCUUCGAGAAGCUGCGCUGCCAGAUGGAGGAGUUUUCACGGGAGAGCCUAGAGGCUGCUGGGGGUAUGGAGCUUCCUCUGUCAAAGGAAGAAGUGGUCCCUUCUGUCUCCACGGCAACAUCAACACAAAACACGCAACCAGACAGCACUGCAUCAGCAUCUGAGGUGACGCAGAAAACCAGUGUGGAAAAGAAGCAGUAGGGUCAUUGGGAAGAUGCCAUUCUGUUCGGAUGGAAGCAACCCAUUAAGAUGGGAUCUUUUUUGACUCCAGUUUUGCCUUACCAGAAUUGGAGGAAGAAACCAUAAUGGCAUUUAUUUCUUGUUUGUCACGUUUGUUUCCAGUUUUGACAGUUGGUUUAUUUAUUUAUAUUUUCUUUUUUGUUGUAUAUGUUGUAUAUCACUUAUUUACUGUAAGUAAAAUUGUCAAGCCUUGAAAAACAGGGUAUAAUUAAUAUUCUUAAAUAUUUAUUUUGACACACUGACUUUGUUGUUUUAUGUGCAUCACCUUAUUUUCUGCCAGAUGUUAAAAUUUGGUCAAAUAGACGUUAAAAUGUUUAACCUUAAACAAUAGUAUUGAGUUUAUUUUCCGACAAUUGUCAUAUUGAAUUUAUUUUGCAGGAAAUGUUGAUUUCUUAAAAUUCUGUCCAUUUUAAAUCCACGCUUGCAAACAUGCAAUAUCACUACAUCUCAGAGUCAAUCCACUGUACCUGCUGUCUGUCAUUUACACAAGGGGGUAGGGCCUGAUUUAGAUUUCAGGGCCUGAUUUAGAUCUAACAGGAGUCCAGCACACCAGAUAUCCAUUUCUAUGCACCAGGGGCCUCAUUCAGCUGUGUUAUCUGGAAAGGCUCAGAAUCCAUCAUAGUUCAGAGAGCGUCAAACAGAUCUAUCUGAGCCCUCGUGGUUCUCAGUGGAAUUCUGGCCCAGCUGGAGUUCUAGAAUCUCACCCUGAGAAUUCUGACUCAGCUGGAGUUCUAGAAUCUCACCCAACCCUGCCAUUCACCCUGCCACACACACACCACACACACACACACACACACACACACACACACAUUUCUCUUGUUGAACAAAAGACUUGUGUGUGGAACAUGCUACAUUACAUUUAAUGUUUUUAAUGCAAUCAUUUUCCAAUCAGUAAUUUCACAUGCAGUGAACAUACCACACUUUACACAUUACUAAACUCCUGCUAUUAACUACUGUAAUUUCUGCUUGACAUUUUCCUAUACAUUUUACGAUCUCAAAUUCUCUUCUGGACCAAUAAUAAUAGCCUAUGUCUAUGAUUGGGUAAUAUCUCUAGCCAAAUAUUAUGUUCUUUUUGGACUUCUCCUUUCAUCUCUCUAUUUCUCUCUUUGACACACACAAGCCCACCUAGACACAAAAAGACAAAUACAUGUGGACACACAAACACGCACACAUACAGUGCAAACCCCUGAUUUAUAGUUUAAUUCCUGUGUUCAUCCUAGCCCACCAGUUAUUAUCAACUACAAUUGGCCCAUAGGGCCAUCCUUUGUUGUUUGGGGUCCCGCACAUCCUCAGGCAAAUGCAAUCAAAGGCCACAGGCUCAGUAAGUACUGUAAACCUUUCUCUUUAAGCUGAGGCGAGACUACCUGAUAAAAAAAAUACAACACUGAAUGCAUUUCUGGAUGACUAAAACCAUUUAAGAAUUAAAGUAUGUUUUUGAACCUUUUUAUCGAGUAAAACAUUGUCUAUAAUAAACGUUGGGUGAUUUGAAA